AUGGCUCAAUCUCUUGUAUUUGCGUACGGCUCCGCGGAACCCGUCAAAGACAUCCGUCUUCUUUCAAUCCCUACGCCUGCGGACUGCGGCCCUAACCAGGUGGUAGUGGAGUUCCUUGCGGCACCCAUCAAUCCCCUCGACUUUCUGGUGUUGCACGGAAAAUAUCCCGUCAAACCACAGAACCACGUUGGCGCCGCCGACGGCGAGCAACGGCCCAUUCCGGGCUCAGAUGGUGCGGCCCGCAUCCUCAAGACGGGAUCGGCAGUGACCCAGUUCCAUGUCGGGGACACGGUGCUCCUGCGGACCCACUGCCGCGGGUCCUGGCGCACGCACGCCGUGCUUGACGAGAACGACGUGCUGCGGGUUCCGUCGGAACUGGAUCCCCGGCUCGCGUGUAUCCUACGCAUGGGGGUGGCACCGGCCUACUUUCUGCUGCGGGACUAUUCCGCCCUCGAGCCCGGCGACUGGAUCAUCCAGAACGCGGCGACAGGCACGGUGAGCCAUUACGUGAGUCAAUUGGCGCACCUGCAGGGUGUCAAUGUCAUCAGCGUGAUUCGCGACCGCGGUACCGAUGAGGAACUCGAGCGCACCAAACGCUCGCUGCGCUCGCACGGCGCAUCGCUUGUCCUGACCGUUGACGAGCUCAAGGUCUCCGGCGCGGAGCUGCUCGCGGGCAAGCGUGUCAGCCUCGCUAUCGACUUUGUGUCUGAUGACGCACUGGCGCGGCUGAUGGCGUCGUUUUUGGCCCCCGGAGCCACACUCGUCACGGCUGGCUUCCUGGGGGUAGCGCCAUCCGGCCCCGAAGGUAACCUGCGGCAGUUCCUGUGGCAACGCAACGUCACUCUCAAGGCAUUUCGGCUCAGCGAUUGUCUUGGCCGACGAUCGCCGUUCCAUCAGACGGCCCUAUUGGAAUGGUUUGCGCGGUUAUUCAUGGAGGGGACGCUAAAGGCCCCAGCCGUGGAGUAUGUGCGGUGGAGGCGAGGUGAACAGGGUCUCGAACGCAAGUUGCAGGAGGUGCUGGAGCGCCAUGAGAGGGGCCAAGUAGGCGAGCGCAAGAAGAUUUUGGUGUUUGAACAGUAG